AAGAUGCUGGCAUCGAUGGGAAGAACGCCGACUCCAGGCGGCUCUUGGUUCUCCAGGCCACCAGGGAGGAUGGGGAUUGUAGCCCCCAGCAGGGAGCUGGGUGGGGGUCGGAUCCCUCAGCCCGUGAAGGCGGCAGGCGUCUCCCGCUUGGGCACCCCGGGGCGCUGAGCUGACUCGCUCCUCGACCGACAAGGGCCCUUCCACGACACUUCGCCCGCCGGCUCAGGGACUGAGUCCUCCUCUGCCUGGCCACGAAGCCGCUUCCGCUGCGGCCCCUCCCCUUUCCUGGCUCUCAGCGGGCCUCCGUUGCUUCUCCCUCAGGGAGCUUCGGCGCCCGCCGCUUUCACUUUCCUUUCACGCGCCCAGCCCCUCCGGGCGCCUCCCCGGCCUUUCUCGUUGCUCGCAGCUGCGGCCCUGCUCCGGGGCUCCCCGCCCGCAUCCAGGUCCAGAUGGGGCUCCCGGUGGCGCGCUUGGUGCUCCUGUCCGCGGCGGCCGCCCUUCUGCUGCGGGGAGGAUCCGCAGGCUUCUCCUCCCAUUCAUUGCAUAUUUUCUACACGUUGGUGCUGAGCUCCAGCCAGGACAAGUCUCAGUACAUUGUGGUGGGGUAUGUGGACGACCAGAUCGCUGCACGUUUUGACCCCUCCACAAGAAGAAUGUUGCCCCAAGUGGCCUGGCUCGAUAAAUUGCAGAAGGAAGACCCCCAUUUCUGGGACUUGACCUCUCAGAGAGUGAGGACCACAGAGCGAAGGUUCAAAAGCGACCUCGCCAUCUUGCACAGCUAUUACAACUCGAGCAGAGAAAGCAAUCUACCCUCCAAGCAAAAACAACCCCCAAAUUUAGUCCUAUCCACCUGGGGACUCCUGAAGCCACCAGCCAGAUGCAGUAGCUGUCAAAAGAUUUUUAAAAGCCACAUGACUCUAGGAUUAGGUUGAAACACCGCUCCAGGAUUCAGGAAAUUGAUAUGGAUUGUGACUCAGUUUUGGAGCUUCCUACUAUCUCUGAAGCAGCCUUCAGUUCUCAACCAAACCUACCUCUCAGGGUUGUUAAAAGGAAAGUGUGGAAGAGAACAGCCUGUGCUCCUGGAAUGAAACUUAUUCUCAACAGCCUGCCUUGGCUCUGACAUCGGAUUAUGAGCCUGUUUAUGUAACAGCUCUACCAGAGGAAUGAUUGGUGGUGGAACUAUGAACUCCUUGCCUCAGGAGAUCAGAUUAGUAAUCUUUCCGAUAGUUUUUCACCAACUAAUUAACAUCUUCCUGUUUAAAUGUUUCCUAUUUCUCCCAGAGGCUGUGUAAAUUUUUGUUGCCUUUGCUUAGAGCCUAUAAUCUUCUUGGUAAUUUUUAUUUAUAAUUCUCAUUAUUUUAAUAACUGUAAUAUUUGUGUAUAUAAUAUUUGCAAUAUUUAGCUACCACAAUUUGUAUCUCUGCAACUUCUGGGCGCUUUUCAGAGGUAGCCCCCAGGUAGAGCUCAUUGCAAUGGUCAAAGAAGGAGUGUGAUAUAAAUCCAACAAAAUUUGCAGAAGUAGAUUUCAGCUAUACAUCUGGAAAUCUUUCUAACAGUAGAAGCUAGGAAGGGACCCUCCCAGGUAAUGGUGAAUAUACUUCCACCAGAUGUAUUCAGGCAGAACUGCACUUCCCAUCCAUUGUCAGGGUCUGCCAGAUGCCUCAUACCCAAAGUAAUUCUUUGCAAGCAAGAUUCUCACAGUCUUCUUUAACAAGAUUUAUUGAGAUGAGUGGAAUUUGUUGGAAUAAAAUGCUU